GUGGUUGUAGAGCUGGGGGUGGAGGAGCCGGAGCGGCGGGGACCAUGGCUGAUGAAGAGGAAGAAGCGCAGCGCGGCUUGCAGAAACUGCAGGAGCUGGUGGAUCAACUCUACUCAUUUCGAGACUGCUAUUUUGAGACACAUAGUGUUAAGGAUGCUGGGCGGAAGCGACAGGAUGUGCAGGACGAGAUGGAGAAGACCCUGCAGCAGAUGGAGGAAGUGCUGGAUAUUUUGGGGAAUGCAUAUCUUUCUCUUUAUUUCAAUACUGGCCAAAACCCCAAGAUCUCCCAACAAGCCCUUGGUGCCUAUGCCCAAGCAGAGAAGGUUGACAGGAAAGCUUCCAGCAAUCCUGACCUCCAUCUGAACAGGGCAACGUUACAUAAAUAUGAAGAGAAUUUUGGGGAGGCUCUAGAGGGCUUCUCUCAGGCUGCAGCACUGGACCCUGCCUGGCCAGAGCCCCGACAACGUGAGCAACAGCUCGUGGAAUUCCUUAAUAGGUUAACCAGUCUCUUGGAGAGCAAGGGGAAGAUGAAGGCCAAAAAGCUUCAGAGCAUGCUGGGAAGCUUGCGCCCAGUGCAUUUAGGCCCUUGUGGCGAUGGGCGGUAUCAGUCAGCCUCUGGGCAGAAGGUGAACCUGGAGCUCAAACCACUGAGUACGCUGCAGCCUGGUGUGAACAGUGGUACUGUGGUCCUGGGGAAGGUGGUGUUCAGCCUAACCACAGAGGAGAAAGUCCCCUUUACAUUUGGCCUGGUAGAUUCAGAUGGUCCUUGCUAUGCGGUGAUGGUAUAUAAUAUGGUGCAGAGCUGGGGAGUGCUCAUUGGGGACUCCGUAGCCAUUCCUGAGCCCAAUCUUAGGCUUCACCAAAUUCAGCACAAGGGGAAG